AUUAACCUCCCACUAACCCUUACAAUUGAUAUUAUAUUAGUCCUAGUACUUGUUACAGUCGCAUUUUGACUACCCCAAUUAAACAUAUAUGCAGAAAAAAACAACCCCUAUGAAUGUGGUUUUGACCCUAUAGGAUCUGCUCGUCUACCCUUCUCCAUAAAAUUUUUUCUAGUAGCCAUUACAUUCCUCCUAUUUGACCUAGAGAUCGCACUCCUCCUACCACUCCCAUGAGCAUCCCAAUCAAAUAGUCUUAAAAUUACAGUAACAAUAGCACUCAUACUAAUUAUUAUUCUAGCCUUAGGUCUCGUUUACGAAUGGUCACAAAAAGGACUAGAAUGAGAAGAAUAA